GUGACUGGAUGUGUGAGCGCGUCUGAGGUGGCUCGUGUCCUGUAUGCCCGUGCAGUCGUCUGUGGCGAAACGUGUCGAUGCAAAGCAGGACAGUGUGUGGCCAGCGCGUACGACUACAAUGAUAUGGGAGUGCUGACACCCCUCAGAGAUAUUCCGGUACCAGCAAAGUGCACUGAAAGCUCACAGCGGCUAAGGUGUACCAACAACAGAGCACGCGAAUGCUAUUUAGGCCUCCUGGGUGGUGUGACCGCUUUCUCAAUACAGACCGGUGGGGACGACAUCUCAGUCGAGUGGAGGCACAACCUGCAGUCCAUGACGCUUGUGCUGGAGAUUGGCGGAGCAGCUGAACGGUCUAUCCGCGCCAGAAUGGCUGUGACCAGAAGUUUGAGCGAUUUACUGCUGUCAGACGCUUUGCCACAGAUACUGCUGAAGUGUGCGGAUAUUGCUACACGCUUACUACUGGUUCUUACUGUACUGCAAGACGACGAUGAUGAGACCAUCCGGAAGGAAGUCGCACAGGUGGCUCAUGCGCUGACGCCACACAAAGCUUCAGAGUCUUUAUCUGUGUGCAUCAAUCUGCACCCGGAGGUGGCGCUGGAGCGGAUUUUGGCUUACAUUGAAGGGAUGGAUGCGGAUGUUACAUGGCCGUUGAUGCUUGGUGCUACCGGGCUAAGCCGUGCGGCUGAUGUUGCAACCAGGGCACUUAAACACGUGCAGACACCAGACCUGAACAGUGACGAUAGCACACAAGACACUUCCUAUUCGGACGCAAGCGCGGGAAGCCACGACUAUGCUGAAACCGGAUCAUCUGCUCUGUUUGUAAUGGAGGACUCGAAUGUUUACAUCGACCCAUUGGCCCGGACGACAAUCUUCGCGAGAUCACUAACACGCAUUACGAAGCAGUUGGUGGGAUCAAGCACUAGAUACCUGGAAGUUGUGGUCGCUACACUCAAUGAAAUACUUGAAGGAAUGUCCUGCGCCGAUUUGGAAAUCGGUAUUGAUUGUGCUGAGAAGCGGUACACCAUAGCGCAAGUUGCGCAGCUCUACAGCGCUUGGCUAGCUAUAAGGUCUAUAGUGGAGGCACUUACCCACUACGAUCACCACAAAGAGCUGUACCCAAACUGCCAGGCGAAUGAAGACUACGCUGAAGUAAGCAGCCAGCUGCAACGCGCUACAGCAUCGUUGAAUGCAGUGCUGGGUUUACGAACCAUAAAUAGCAUGCCGGGCAUGGUCCUUGACGUUGCCAAUGAUAUACGCAAUAAACUGGCUGCCCAUUGUUUAGCUAAAUAAAGAAGUUGUAACAA